AUCGCAUCACGAAACUCGUCUCUCUACAUAGCGAAGGUUUUCCCAGCUGGAAAAAUGGAAGCAUUGGCUGCUCACGUCCGCUCUCUCGCCCAGUCUGGCGAUGAGAAGCAGCGCAAAGACAUCAUAGACUCGCUGCGCUCUCUGAGAAAUUCCAUCGAGACGUCGGAUGAUACUGUCCAGCGGUUUACCUUUUAUAACAUGCAACUAGCCGGUCUUCGCAUCGGUAUUAAUCUAAAGCUGUUCGAGCUGUUGGCCGAAAGCAAGACCCCUCUCACGGUCACGCAGCUGAGCGAAAAGACCGGGGCCGAUGCCGUUUUCUUGGCACGCCUCCUUCGCUACCUAGCCUCCUUCGAAGCCAUCAAGGAGACCGACAAAGAUGAAUUCAGCUACACGAACAUCACCAAGACAUUCUCACAGUCCGGCUUCCAAGCAGCCAUAUGCCACUACUUCGACAAUGCGGGCCCCGCCAUGCAAAGCCUCCCGUCCUUCCUCGCCUCCACCAACUACCAAGACCCCACCGACUGCACCAAGACCGCCUUCCAAAAGGCCUUCAACACCGACCUGCCCGCCUUCGAGUGGGCGAAAACGCAGCCGGAAAGAAUACGCGUCUUCCAAGAAUUCCUCGCCACGAACCGCGCGGGAAUGCCCACCUUCCUCGACGCCUAUCCCGUCGAGGAACGGGCGACGGCGACGGAGUUGAGCCCCGAGCGCGUGCUGUUCGUUGAUGUCGGCGGCGGCUUAGGGCAGCAGGCGAUUGCGUUCCGGCAAAGGUAUCCCGCGUUACCGGGUCGGGUUAUUUUGCAGGAUUUGGCGCCCAUUCUGCAGCAUGCCAUUCAGCAUCCUAGCGUGGAGAAGAUGGAUGUGGACUUUUUUGCGGGCCAGCCUGUGAAGGGAGCCAAAUUCUACUACCUCCGCAACAUCUUCCACGACUGGCCGGACGAGAAAGCGCGGAUCAUCAUCCAGAACACCAUCUCCGCGAUGGCGACGGACUCGCUCCUUCUCAUCGACGACAUGGUUCUUCCAAAUGUCGGGGUGCACUGGCAGGCCGCGCAGCUGGAUAUGCAGAUGAUGACGACUUUGGCGGCGAGGGAGCGCACCCAGGAGCAGUGGUAUGCGUUGCUGGAGGGGGCGGGGCUGAAGAUUAAUCGCAUUUAUACCUAUACGGCCAGUUUGAAGGAUAGUAUUAUUGAGGCUGUUCCUGCUUCUGUUCAUGGUUAAGUGGGUGGAUGGGUUUUAUGGGGCUGGUUUUGGGGGGGACUACCUUAUGUUGUCAAGGUGUACUGGUUCUACUUUUUUACAUGGGGGUUGAAUAUCUAAAUUGAGAUUUUAGGGCUACGUAGAGGUUUUAGGGCUACGUAUUACACUUGUUGG